UAAAACAUCUGGAGCUGUUGAAUCACAAGAAUGGAGAGGUACAAGAUAAUCAAAGAAGUUGGUGAUGGAACGUUUGGGAGUGUUUGGCGAGCAUUAAAUAAGCAGACUGGUGAAGUUGUUGCGAUUAAGAAAAUGAAGAGAAAAUAUUAUUCUUGGGAGGAAUGCAUAAAUUUGAGAGAAGUUAAGUCAUUGCGAAAAAUGAACCAUCCUAAUAUUGUGAAGCUGAAGGAAGUCAUUAGGGAAAAUGACAUUUUGUAUUUUGUGUUUGAAUAUAUGGAAUGUAACCUAUAUCAACUAAUGAAAGACAGGGGAAACCUUUUCUCAGAAGCUGAAGUCAGAAAUUGGUGCUUCCAAGUGUUUCAGGGACUAGCAUACAUGCACCAGCGAGGAUAUUUUCAUCGUGACCUUAAGCCAGAGAACGUGCUGGUUUCAAAAGAUGUAAUAAAAAUUGCUGAUUUUGGUCUUGCUCGCGAGAUUAGUUCUCAACCACCAUAUACAGAAUAUGUCUCAACACGCUGGUAUCGUGCCCCGGAAGUUCUGCUUCAGUCUCCAAUGUAUAAUUCUGCAGUUGAUAUGUGGGCAAUGGGUGCAAUCAUGGCUGAACUGUUUACUCUCCGUCCCCUUUUCCCAGGCUCAAGUGAAGCAGAUGAGAUCUACAAAAUAUGCAGCAUAAUAGGCACUCCAAAUGAGAUUGAGUGGACCAAAGGCCUUAAACUUGCAAGUGCUAUUAACUACCAGUUCCCACAGCUAACUGGUGUCCAUCUUUCUGUAUUGAUGCCAUCUGCUAGUAAGGAUGCAAUCAAUAUUAUUACAUCACUUUGUUCCUGGGAUCCUUGCAAGAGGCCAACAGCCUUGGAGGCCCUCCAGCAUCCGUUCUUCCAGAGUUGCUUUUACAUUCCACCAUCUCUUCGCUCCAAAACUGCUGUCACUAGAACACCUCUAUCUGUUGGAACAAGGGGUGCCUUAGAGCAGAAGUCUGUUGGGAGGUAUUCUGGGACUAAAUCAAGGCCAGUAAACAACUUUCCUCCUGCCAAAUCCCAUGUGUCUCUAACAACAGGUGUGCAACGUAAGUUGGAAAUGAAUAGUCAGGAUGCAAUUAAGAACAAUAAUGUUUCAAAGAUCGUUGCCAAACAACAGCCAAGAUACCGACCACCUGCAAGAAACAGUCCAACCUCCAUUUACAAUGGAAAGACUGCAUGGGGAGUUUCAGAGACAACUCAGAAGUUGGCAAAUAUAACUGUUGGUCCUGCUAGGUUGCCUGGAAGGCAGGCCUUUCCGGCACCUAUGAAGGCUGGGGGAUGGCACAGCCAAUCUGACUUGUUUCUUGGGCGCUCUCAGGAGAUUCAGACUGGAAGAACAUUCACCAGGAAAGUUGCGGGAUGAAGAGUUGUGCUCUGUUGAGAUGUGGUAGUGAGUUUAAUAAAUGGGUGUUCUGCUUUAUAUAAGUAUUUUCUUGUGUAGCUUGCCCAGUGAAGUUUGUCUAGUGUGUGAUGUUUGAAAUUUACAUAAGCCCCGCUACGAGGGGUGGUUGAUCCGACAGUUUUUAAGUCUGCCUAUCAAAAAAUAUGUUACCUAAGUCACGUUAUUA